AUGAUGUCGCCAUUCUUCAAACCGUCUGCUCUGCUGUUUUUGGCAGUAUGGAUAGGACGUGUCGUAGCCGACUUCGAACUCUACAAACUCUACAAUGAAGAUUCCUUGAUUGCGGGGCUCGCUCUAAGCAGCAGCUGUCUGGCAGCAUUGAACGCAACUGUCCGUUGUAAUGAAACCGCGGUCAGCCUAUUGGGAAGCGGUGCAGAUAUUCACUACUGGACGACUCCCGAGGUGGAAAACCUUUGCACCUCGGAUUGCGUCUCUUCCCUGAGCUCAUGGAAAAGCAAUGUUGACUCCGUCUGCGCGGAUGAGACCACGCUCCAAGCCGGUGUUAUCGUCAAGGCGAGGGCUCUCCCAGUUACCUUCACGUACAAUGCCGAGCUUGUAUGUCUGCAGGACAGUGCUUCCAACUGGUGUUUCAUCGAGUCACAGACUUGGCAAGGAAGCGACUACAUUCGCUACAGUCCAGAGAUGUGCUUCACUGAUGGAGACGACAACAGCACUGUGGCACCAGAGUGCGAAGAUCCGGACUUUGACUUGGGGACCGUGACUAGCGACAUGGCAGCCUUGACCAACAUAUACAAGAAGGAUCUGUUCUGCAACGAUUGCUUUUUGGAAAUCUAUCGACAACGCCUCAGAGAUCCGUGGUUACCAGUCAGCAACUUCACCGACUACUUGAUUGAGCAGUUUGAUGAUGUGCAACAAAACUGCUCUACGUCAUUGGCGUACACUACUUCAGCGUCGACAUUGUACGUGGGCACGCCAACGGCGACCACGACCUCUGGCGGCACGGCGACGGGAACCAGCCCACCCACAACGGCGACUUGCCUAGGCCAGACAAUAGAGCCAGAGUCAGAUUGGCUGACUUGCGAUGAUCUGUCUGACACAUAUAAUGUUUCGACAGGUGACGCUCGGGUGGUCACUGGGGAUCGCACUUGCUACUUCGACAAGGCGCUCUAUUUUCCCCUGCCUUGUGAGAUUGACACGGUCUGGGACUGGUCAAGUUGUGAUGAGCUUGCCGCUCAGUACUCAAACUCGACGUACAACGUCACCACCAGUCAAUUCCUCAGUUGGAACACCAACAUUCAAGGAAGCUGCUCUGGAGUUGCUCCCGGUCAGCGGGUAUGCAAAGGUUCACCAGGCGGCACCUUUCCCAAACCCAAUGUCACCAUCACCGCCCCUGGUGCGACAGGCUCGCCAACAUACUACUCCACAGCCACGCCUGCCUACCCAACCCAAAGCGGUACCAUCGACGCGUGCGGCAAUUACUACCUCGUCGUAGCCGGCGAUGACUGCUCAACAGUAGACCAGCGCUUCGGUCUAAAGUUUGAACAGCUUCAGGAGUAUAAUACGUACCUCCAAGACGACUGCCUCAACCUGUGGCUCAACUACGCCGUCUGCGUCGCUCCCGUGACGGCCCCAAGCAAGUCAACGGACGGCACAUGCCCGGUCGGCGUGACAUGCACCGGAAGCGGCUUCGGCGACUGCUGCUCGCCGUACGGCUUCUGCGGGAGCACAAGUGAGUAUUGCAACACUGGCGGCAACAGCACCGACACGCCGGACGGCAGCUGCGGGCCGGAUCACAACGGCUAUACCUGUGUUACCCCCUUUGGAAGUUGCUGUAGUAUCUAUGGCUACUGCGGUGACGGCUCCGAUUACUGCGGGGCCGGGAACUGCUACUCGGGCGCCUGUGACCCGGAUAUUGGUGGUCCCUCAAUCAAUGGGGAGUGCGGACCGUUGUUCGCGGGUAAUAAGACGUGUACUGGCACCACUUUCGGAACGUGUUGCUCUACUUCUGGCUUCUGUGGGAGCACCAGCGACUAUUGCUCAGGAUCGAACUGUUACAGUGGUGCCUGCACAACUUGA